AUGUCCUUUCCGUGCAUUGACAAAUUAGCUUCUCGUACACAAGAACUAGACAGUGGACCUGAACCAAGCUAUGACAAGGUAGUGACUGGAUACGAACUCUUUGAACAUAAACAACCAUUUUUAUUGGAUCAUGGCGGUAUACUUCCAAAUGUAACGAUAGCGUAUGAAACUUGGGGAAAGCUUAACUCGGCCAAGGACAAUUGUAUCUUGAUUCACACUGGUCUCUCAGCAUCUUCUCACGCAAAAUCUCAUGUCAAGAAUGAAAAGCCUGGUUGGUGGGAAGAUUUUAUUGGUCCUGGAUGUCCUAUUGAUACUAACAAGUUCUUUGUUGUUUGUACUAACGUGAUUGGCGGUUGUUAUGGCUCAACAGGACCAAGUGCUAUUGAUCCAGCUGAUGGUGAACGUUAUGCUACUCGGUUUCCUAUUCUGACUAUUUUUGAUAUGGUACGUGCGCAAUUUCUGUUGAUGGAUCAUAUGGGUAUUGACAAAUUACAUGCUAGCGUUGGUAGUAGUAUGGGUGGUAUGCAAUCAAUUGCUGCUGCCUCAUUAUAUCCAGAUCGUGUCAAUCGCCUGAUUAGUAUUUCUGCCUGUGCUCGAUCUCAUCCUUAUUCCAUUGCUUUACGACAUACUCAGCGUCAAGUGCUGAUGGCUGACCCAAACUGGAACAAAGGUUUCUAUUAUAAAGGUAUUCCUCCUCACGUAGGCAUGAAGCUUGCUCGUGAAAUUGCUACUAUUAGUUAUCGAUCAGGUCCAGAAUGGGAAUUGCGAUUUGGUCGAAAACGGGCCCAAGAAGAUCAAUCACCAGCUUUAUGUCCUGACUUUUUGAUCGAAACUUACUUGGAUCAUCAAGGUGAACGGUUUUGCUUACAAUAUGAUCCCAACUCUUUAUUAUAUAUCUCCAAGGCUAUGGAUAUGUUUGAUAUGUCAGCUUCCUCCGUCAAACGAUUACAACAACAACUUCAGCAGAAUCAAGUUCGAGUGGAUGAGAUUGUAUCAAAACAGGGCCAAAAUACAUCAGUGGAACUUCGAUCAUUGAUUGGGCAAACAUCAGCUUUGGAACAAACAAAGGUGGACGCGGAUGAUGAACGAGUACAAAACAAUACAUCAAAUGAUAACAACAGAAAACGACCCUUAAGUACACUUUCUGCAACAGAUCCGGCAACUUUAGAUUUGAUUGAAGGAAUGAAGCGUAUUCAGAUGCCUACAUUGGUCUUGGGUAUCCAAACGGAUUUGCUUUUCCCGGUAUGGCAACAAAAAGAAAUCGCAGAAUGUCUUCGUGCGGCAGGCAACAAGAAGGUCACCUAUUAUGAAUUGGAUGCUAUGUUUGGUCAUGAUACUUUCUUGAUUGAUCGUGUCAGUGUGGGUGGUGCUAUUAAAGGUCAUUUGGAAUCAAAAAUUUAG